AUGGAAGGCCAAAAUUUCUUGCCAAAACUUAGAGUGAAAAAACUAGAUGAAAAAGCAUUUAUUCCUGUCAAGGGAAGUGAGCAUGCUGCUGGAUAUGACCUCUUUUCCAUUGAGAGCACAGUAAUUGCACCUCAUGAAAAGAAACUGAUAUCAACAGGCAUCGCUAUGCAAAUUCCAGUAGGAAACUAUGGUAGAGUUGCACCAAGAUCUGGUCUUGCUGUAAAGAACUUUAUUGAUGUUGGAGCUGGUGUUAUCGAUGCUGACUAUAGAGGAGAAGUUAAAGUAUUGUUAUUCAACUUUAGUACUUAAUUGAUUAUUGAAAAGUAUACAAGAACAGAUGUUGAAGAAGCAGAGAUAUUAGAUGAUACAGAGAGAGGUGAAGGUGGCUUUGGAUCAACAGGAGUUAAAUUAGAUAAUCAGCCAGCUGUCCAUGAAACAGUGCAUCUAGGUGGAGUUAAGAGAACUCUUGAAGAUAUUAAAGAAUGA